AAUAAUGAUGGAUUUUAAUACAGAUGAAUUUUUUUACGGGAUAAACAAGUCUUUGUAUUACAAAACAGAGGAAUAAAAGAAUGAAAUCAAGAAGAUGGACCCAGAAUAUCUCACUCGAACGUAUUUAUUUAAAUUUAUAGAAGGGGAACUGAUUUUGUAUUAUUACCAAAUUCACCUGAAUUCAUAAAUCAUAAUGAACCAUUUGAACCUAUGUAUAUCCCAAAAUAAACUAUUCUGGAAGAGAGUUUAAGAAGAGAAAUUGAAAGAAUCUGUUUUGCAGACACAUUGCUGAAUAAAGUAGUAUUUGACUGUGCUGAUCCUAGUCCUUUUACUAAGGUACCAUUAUCAUGAUUUCCAUAGGACGUUGAUCCAGCAACAUAUGGUUUGGAAGUCUUACCAUAUUAUAUGCCGUAAUCUAAAGAGGAUUCUACAUUAGUUUUUGAAAGUAGAUUUGAAAGUGGGAAUCUCCGAAGAGCCAUAUAAAUGUAACUUAUCAAUUCAAAAUUAUUAAAGUUGUGACUAUGAGUAUAACCUCAUCCUUAAGCCUGACUAUUACACUACAAUGAACACAUAAUGGUUCUAUUUUUCUCUAUCAAAUACAAGAAAGGAUGUGGAGUAUAGAUUCAAUAUUAUUAAUAUGAUGAAGCCCGAUUCAUUAUAUAAUUCUGGAAUGAAACCGUUAAUGUAUUCAGAACAGGGUGCAAAAUAAAAAAGUAAUAAUAAUUUUAAAUAUAUUAAAGAGAUAGGAUGGUUUAGAGAUGGCCAUGAAAUUUGCUAUUAUCAAAACAAUAUGAAGAGAAAGAAUGGAGGGUUCUAUUACACUUUAACAUUCGCAGUUAAAUUUUAAUAUGACUUUGAUUGCAUCUACAUUGCCCAUUGUUAUCCUUACACAUUCACUCAUUUGUGCAGAUAUCUAAAACAGUUGGAAUCUGACCCUGCUAAAAAAAAUAGAGUGAAAAGAAAAUAACUAUGUUAAACUAUUGCUGGAAACAUGUGUGAUUUCUUAAUCAUUGGGGAUUUUAAUAAUGGCAAAGAGAAGAAAGGAAUUGUCAUUACUUCCAGAGUGCACCCAGGUGAAACUAUGGCCAGUUAUGUUAUGGAAUACAUGAUUGAUUUUUUAACAGGUAACACUCAUGAAGCAAGAAUCCUAAGAGAAAAUUUUAUAUUCAAAAUAGUUCCAAUGCUUAACAUUGAUGGAGUUGUGAAUGGAAAUUAUAGAUGUAACUUAGCAGGGGUUGAUUUAAAUCGAUAAUGGAUUGAUCCAAAUAAGAAGUAACACCCUACAAUUUACCACACCAAAUAAUUAGUUAAAAAGACUAAAGAAGAAAGAGACUUAGUACUCUUUUGUGAUAUACAUGGACAUUCAAGAAAGAAGAACAUCUUUAUGUAUGGAUGUUAAGGAAAGGAUCCUAAUAGAAAAGAAUUAGUAUUCCCAAUGCUCAAUCGAAAUAAUUGCAGCGUUUUCUCGUUCAAGGACUGUUGCUUUUUGCUUUAAAAGGAUAGAGAAGGUUCUGCUAGAGUAUUUAUCAUAUUUAAUAUUUAAGAUUGCCUUAUGGAGAGAGCUUUCGAUUAUAAACUGUUAUACUUUGGAGAUGUCAUUCUGCGGAGCUGACUUUGGCAAAUAUGAAUAUUUUCAUUUCAACUUAGAUAUUUACAAAGAAAUUGCACAAUCUUUUUGUUUAUCAAUUAUAGAUUGUUAUGAGCCAGAAUAGAUAAAAGUUAAAUAAGUUAUGGAAGAAAUUGAGUAAAAUAGUCUUAAAAACUAACAAAAGGACGACAAAAAUAAUUCAGGUGAUGAAGGGUCUGAUUACUCUAAUGAUGAUCCAAAAGAAUAAGCUAUGCCUCAAUAAUAAUAAAUUCAACUUUAAAAUAAUGAUUAAUGUAAUGUUUUUAUAUAUCUUCAUUUUUAGAACUAGGGUCAUAAACUAAGAAGUUAAAAAAGAUUCCUUUACUCCCUCCCAAAAAGAAAAAAGGUUAAUGA